GGAGGCCGUGGGACACCUGCCGGGAGGUUCCUGUCAUUGAAGACGAGCACACACCGUGGAAGCUGCUAAAGCUUUUGAAGAUCAUAGCUUUGUUUGUUGUAGCUAUCAUUGUGUUUGGAUUGGCAAUAUGCAGCAAGGCUUCGUUCCUUCUCCUCAUCACCUUGUCUCAUGAAGGUACAAAGACCCUCCGAGCAGAGCAGAAACCCGUCACACUGCUGUGUAUUGGCUGCUCACUUAUUGCACCAAGUGUCCUUCUUCUGUUCAAAAGCAUCUGGAAAGCAUGUUAUAAAUCAUCCAAGCAGCCGAAAAAAGCAUCUGCAGCCCUGGUUUUUUUCUUCGAGUUCAUAGUUUCUGGGGGGUUGGCAGUUCUCACCAUUGUUGCAAUGCCUCACUUGGACAUUGUGACCAACCUGACAAUCCUGAAUAGUGUAGCUGUCCUCUCUGCAUUCCUACAAGCGGUUUCUCAGUGUGCUGCCAAAAAGCUAAAUGUCUUCCUGCUACCUUCCAUCAUUGCCUUUCUGGUUAUUUUUGUUGGUUACAGUCUUUUCCUUAUCCUGUAUGUUCUUAAAGACCCUACAAACGUGAAGACAGCCACCUGGGUGGGUCUUGCUGUCUUUGGAUCCUUCUUGGUGUCUUUCAACUGGUGGGAGAACUACUUUAGGGUAAUCUGUGUGAGAAGCAAGUCCAACUUCCUCAAAAAUCUGUUUGAAGACUUGACAAAGUGUCAGAACAUGCUACACAUCCUCUCCAGCUUACUGAGGAUUGUGGUGACCGCCUGUGUGCUUGGUGUCUACGUCCCUCUGGCCAAAAUGGACUGGGAUGUUGUGACCUCUAUUCCAAGCCAGGAAACAAGAAUUGUAGCCAUCAUCAUUGGGGUCCAGCUGAUCUCCUCAGCACUCUGCCACUGGUUUGCAUUGGCAGCCUGUAAGAUGCACGCCAUACGCCGAUGCUUCGUCCUGCCUUUGUACCUGGCUUCCCUGGCUGUGAUAGUAUUGUUUAUUGUUCCUGUCAUCGUUUACUACCAAGACUACCAAUUAAGCCUGAACACAACGGAAAACAUCAACUUCACCAGUUACUGUGCCAUAGCUGUGAAUGAAAGAAAUCAAAGUCUGAGUGGUAACCUGUUCCCCCAGCUGGUUUUGGACGUUACACACACUUUGUGCUUCCUGGACAUGUCAUCGAUAGUUGAUAUCGGCUUGCUGACAGGUGCAGCAGCAUCAUGGUGGAUUGGCCUGGUUUUGGCCACUGUUCAUAUAUGCUAUUUCAACAUCUAUCGUAUCCAAAAGACACAAGACCUGUUUGUUAGGAGGCUCUAUGAAGGAGCCUUUAUCGAGCAAUCCUUGCUCCUCAACACCCGUUUUGAUAUUCGGACGAGUAAAGGCAAAAAGAAACAUUACAGGGAAGACGCCACCCCGGCUAUGUUGUAUCUCUGUGCAACAAUGUGGCAUGAGACCUAUGAGGAGAUGAUGAACAUCAUGAUCUCAAUUUUUAGACUGGACAAGUACAGACCAAAGAUAGAACCAAAGUUGAACGAUUUCACCUUUGAAGCCCACAUCUACUUCGAUGACGCCUUUGAAACUGUCCAAGGGCAUCAGGAUCGUCAGCUGAACGUAUACGUAAAGGACCUUGUGAAGGUCAUCCCAGAGGUUUAUGGCAUCUUCAAGAAUCUUGAUAAAUCCUUCUUUGAGGUGCAGCAGCAAAUUCCUGAUCAGUCAAUCAUAGAGACACCAUAUGGAGCUCGUCUCGUUGUUGAAAUGCCUCAUGGGAAUAACAUCGUUGUUCAUCUCAAAGACAAAGAGAAAAUUCGGAACAAGAAGAGAUGGUCUCAGGUUAUGUAUCUUUACUUCCUUCUGGGCUGGAAACUAAUGACCAAACAUCACAGAAGCUGGAAGCUGGGAUGUAGUGAAAAUGAUCUAAGACAAGAGAUGAAGAGAGAGAAGAAGAACACCUAUCUCUUGGCUUUAGACGGGGACACUGACUUCCAGCCCGCUGCUGUGAUGAUGCUCAUUGAUCGUCUCAAAAUGUAUCCUCGUGUCGGCGCAGCAUGUGGCAGGAUUCACCCUACUGGAUCAGGCCCAGCUGUUUGGUUCCAGAAGUUUGAGUAUGCUGUCAGUCACUGGCUGCAGAAGUCAGCUGAACACGUCUUCGGCUGUGUGCUGUGCAGCCCCGGCUGCUUCAGUCUGUUCAGAGCAGAGGCGCUAAUGGAUGAUAACGUGAUGAAGAGGUAUUCAACCAAAUCCACAGAGCCCAGCCACUACAUCCAGUACGACCAAGGUGAAGACCGCUGGCUGUGCACUCUGCUAUUGAAACAAGGGUGGAGAGUGGAAUACAACGCAGCCUCUGACGCCUACACCAAUGCACCAGAGGACUUUAAAGAACUAUACAACCAGCGGAAACGAUGGGGGCCUUCCACGAUGGCGAACAUUGUGGAUCUGCUCGGCUCCACCAACAUUGUUUCCAAGAGGAACCCAUCAAUGUCCAAACCGUUCAUGUUCUACCAGCUGUUUGCCAUGAUCUCAUCCAUCCUUGCUCCAUCCACCAUCUGUCUCAUGGUUGCCGGUAGUUUGUCCUUCCUCUUCAAUAUAAAUGGUGCUGGUGCUCUGGUCAUCGCUGUGAUACCUCCUGCCAUCUACUUGGGUCUUUGCUUUAAGCUCAAGCCUGACACUCAGAUCACCAUUGCAGCAGUGCUGAGUGCCAUGUAUGCAUUCCUCAUGCUGGUGGUGACAAUGUCCAUUAUUGCCUCAAUGGUGAAGGAAAGAACCAUUCUGACACCCAGCAGCAUUUUCAUCGUGGCCAUGUCCAUCAUUUACGUUGUCACUGCACUGAUGCAUCCUCAGGAACUUCCUUUGUUGUUCUAUGGCUUUCUCUACAUCAUCUGUAUUCCCAGUGCCUAUCUCCUACUCACUAUCUACUCCAUGGUCAAUAUGAACAGCGUUUCUUGGGGCACCAGAGAAACAAAGCCUGCUGCAGGGGCUACAACAACUGCCCAACAAACUAAAUCACAAAAAGUAAAAAACACCUUCAAGCAGCUGUGCUUGUGGAUGAAAUGUUGCAAAAAAUCCAACCAGAGACCAGAAGACGAACAGCUCACCAUAAGACAGGAGAACUUUGUCCCAGAGCCUACACAGCUUGAACCUCAACCCCAGAACACUAUUGUGGACGAUGCCUCAGAAAACGAACAACAACAAGAAGAUAUAUUCUUCAACUCUCCAGUUCAAUGUUGGAAAACACAACUAGAGAACUUGUCUGGGGACAUUAAGCUGCAAGAGGAUUCUCUGGAUGAGGACGAGGAGCAGUUUUGGAAGGAACUUAUUGAAAAGUACCUGGAACCUUUGCAGAAUGACAAAGAAAAGCAGGAAAAAAAUAAAAAUGACCUGCAAGAGCUGAGAAACAGGAUCAACUUUUCGUUCUUCUUUUUGAAUGCCCUUUGGCUGAUAGCAAUUUUCAUAAUUCAAGUCUUCGAGGUCUUUUCCUUCCAGAUAAAUGCUGUUGACCUAAACCUUAAUGAAACUGGAGGAAAAAUCCAGAUUGAACCAAUGAGCCUCAUGUUCAUUCUAGGCUUUGCUCUAUCAGUUUUGCUUCAGUUUAUCGGGAUGUUGUACCACAGAGUCAACACUCUCAUUCAUUAUGUGGCAUUUAUGGAAACUGAGCCAAAACAACAGAAACCAGCAAAAAAACAGAGGGACUCUAAAUCCAAUGCAGAUUCAAGCUCAGGCUUUGCCUCUGUCACUGACCUGAGCAACAUGACAGAAGAAACUGAGAUUGAAACAAAUGAUUUCUGGGACAGUGAAAAUGAAUUUUCAGACCUGGACUUUGAAGAAGAAAGUCAGGAGCAUUAGGCUUGAAACAAGACUGGACAAAAAUACGUUUAGCACUUUGAUCUGUUUGCUUUUUAAUUUUAUUUUAAAUAAGAACACAAAGAGAAGUAAAUACCAUGAAGAUACCCUCAGUAUGAAGAUGUAAUUAAUUCCUUUGAUUUCUUAACUAUUUAUCACUACUUAAAUAGAUUUACUGCAAAAGUUUUAUGUUGCUGCUUUUUAAAUAAAUGUUUUUGCAUUUUAUAAUGUGCCAACUGGAUCUUUUAAUUAGCAAUAAAUGUUUAUUUUAUAUCAAGAAUGUUGAUAUUUAUAUUUCAUUAUUUAAGCUUGUUUAUCCAUUAAUAAAAGUCUUUUAAUUUGCAAAUAACAUUUAAUCAAUCUAUUCUAUUUGUCUGAGAUUUUCUUUUAGACUAUAAGUUAAGUUAUUUAAUGUAAUAUGUUAAUUAAAUACCAAGAGAAAAAAACUGAGGAAUGAAUUAUUCGUGAAAGCACAUUGUUACUUCUCUUGUAAACUAAUGAAGGAAGUGUUUUUACUAAAGCCUGUAUAUUCUGAUUGGAUCAAUUCUCGGUUUCAUGCAAAACAGGUGUUAACUUGAAAACUGUUCAAACAUUAAGUUACUUUCAUUUUUUUUCCCCGCAAUGUUUUUGUGUGGCUACGAAAGCACAAAUUGCUGGUGAAGAUUCUAC